UUCAGAGCCUCCUGAGGAAGCUAAGCCUCCAAGCGUACAGGAACCACCAGCUCUGCUUUCUGAGCCUAGUGAGGAAUGUGAACUUUCUCUGACUCAGCAGGAGAUCCCAGCUCAGCCCCCAGAGAAUCCUGAAGAGGCAGAACAUUCUCUAGCUCAGCAGGAGCCCCCAGCUCCGCUUCCAGAGCCUUUUGGAGAAGCUGAAUCUUCCUCAACCCAGGAGGAGACCUCAGCUCAGGCUGCAGAGCUCCCUAAUGAGGCAGAAUCUUCAACCCAGCAAGAGACCCCGGCUCAGUCUCCAGGAGAGAUAGAAUCUUCAGCAACCCUGCAAGAACAACCAGCUCAGCCUCCAGAGCUGCCUUCUGGGGAGGUGGAACCUUCUCCAACCCAGCAGGAGCACCCAGCUCAACCUCUAGGGCAUCAUGAGGUGACCGUUUCGCCUCCAGGUCACCAUCAUGUUCAAUAUUUAAACCUGCCCAAUGUCAGUGUUAAACCUGCAGAUGUGCAGUUUACUAUAACACCAGAACCCAUUACAGAGGUGGGACCUUUGCCAGUUCAGGAUGAGGCUGCAGCUCAGCCCUCUGUGCCCCUUAAAGUGGAACCAUUUGCAAUGCAGCAUGAAGCCCCAACUCUGCCUCUACAGUCCCCUGAGGAAGCUGAACCUUUGCCAGUUCAACAGGAGACUCCAACUGAAUCCCCAGAAUCUACCACACAGGAGAAACCUCCAACACAGCAGGAAACCCCAGUUCAGCAUCCCGAGGGUCCUGGAGAAGUUAACCCUCCCACAACCCAACAGGAGGCCCUGGCUCAGCAAUCACAGAGCCCCGAGGGUGAACCAUAUUCCACCCAGGAGGAGGCCCUGGCCAAACCUCCAGAGACCCAGGAAGAGGGUGAACCUUUUCCACCCCAGCAGGAGGCCCCAGCUGAGCUUCCACAGACCCCUGUAGAGGCCGAACCUUCCUCAAUACAGGAGGAGAGCCAGGGGCAUCAUCCACAGACUCCUGAGAAAGUUAAACCUUCAACCCAGCAGGAGACCCCAGUCCAGCAUCCACAAGCCCCUGAGGAAGGAAAACUGUCUCCAUCCCAGGAGGAGGCUCCAGCCCAAUUUCCACAGACCCCUGAGAAGGGUGAAUCUUCAACCCAGGACGAGAGCCAGGGUGGGGAUCCACAGACAUCUGAGCAGGUUGCACCUUCUCCAACCCAACAAGAAGCCCCAGCUGAGCACCUGCAGACCCCUGAGGGGAUCAAACCUUCUACAACCCAGGAGGAGUCCCCAGUUCAGCACCCUCAGGUCCCAGAGGAGGGUGAGCCUUUUCCAACCCAACCGGAGACCCCAACGGAGUAUCCAGAGUCUCUUGAGGGGAUUGAACGUUCUCCAGGCCAUUCAGAGGCCACAGUUCAGCAUCCAAAUCCCCUUGGGGAGGUUAAACCUGCAACCCAUCAGGAGGCUCCAAGUCAGCAUCUACAGACCUCUGAGGAAGUUAACCCUUCUGCCAUCCAGCAGGAAGCCAUAGCUCAGCAUCCAGAGCCUUCCGGUGAGGUUGAACCUCCUCCAACCCAACAGGAGGAGGUCCCAGCUUACUCUCCAGAGCAUCAUGUGGUAACAGUUUCUCCUCUAGGUAGGAGUCAAGCUCAGCUUCUGCUGUUGCCCAGUGUCACUGUUAAACCUGUGGAUCUGGCACUAACCAUAACUCCAGGGUCCACUAAUGAGGUUGAAACUUUUCUACCCCAACAAGAGGCCUCAGCUCAGUCUGCGGUGUUCCCUGAGCAGUUGGAACCUUCUCCAAUCCAGCAGGAGGCCCGAGAUCAUCCAGCACCCCCUGAAAAUGUUGAACCUUCUCCAAUCCAGCAGGAGGCCCGAGAUCAUCCAGCACCCCCUGAAAAUGUUGAACCUUCUCCAAUCCAGCAGGAGGCCCGAGAUCAUCCAGCCCCCCCUGAAAAUGUUGAACCUUCUCCAAUCCAACAGGAAGUCCCAACUCAGCCUGAAGCUCUUCCUGAGGAAAUUGAACCAUCUCCAAUCCAGCGGGAAGUCCCAGAUCAGCCUCCAGCACCCCCUGAAAAUUUUGAACCUUUUCCAGUGCAGCAGGGAGUCCCAAUUCAGCCUGAAGAUCUUCCUGAGGAAAUUGAACUUCCUCCAAGCCAGCAGUGGAGCUCAGCUCUGUCUCAAGUGUCUGUUGUGGGUGUAGAACCUUCUCUAGGUCCAGCACGCAGUCCCAGCUCAGCGUCCAAAGCCCAGUGA